UCUUAGUUCCUCGUGUGGAUGUGAAAGAGAAGCACAGAAACUCUGGAAGCUUAAAAGACCGCCACUCGCAGAUAUCGCCUGCAGUCAGAGGGAUCGUGGAUGCUGACAUCACCAUGGAGCUAAAGGAUUCCGUGAUCAGGGGGAGUGUGAUAAUCGCUCACCGAAUCCAUGAUGGAAAGCAUAAGUAUGAAGUGGAAAAUGUUAUCAAAUUCCAAAAACGAAAGGGGGAAAAACUAUUUGUCAGGAAAGGUGACAAAUUGGUGGAGAUCAAUAAUGUUGAUCUGAAAGAUGUGCCACCAGAGGAUUUGGUGCAAAGGCUGGCUGAUGGCAACCCCAAACUGACAAUUCACAAGUCCAUCAGGAUGACAGUGAACAAAGCUGAGCUGUGUCCUGGGAACCUAUUGCAUCCCAUUGCCAAGGAGUCUGCAACUUUCAGUUUCAAAUGGGAAAUGAGAAGAGAGGAAGACUUGGAUGACAAUGAGAUAAAGACAGAAGACAUCUGCCAAGUGGAAGAUGAGCAAAAGGAUGGGCAGGAUGUGCUGAUGGUCACAAUGAAGAAAACCAGCAUCUCUGUGGUGGCAGGGAGAGGAUGCAGUACGGGGAGCUCCUGUCAAGGAUGUGAGGAGGAAGGAUGCACCUUAAAAGAUGUUGUCUUUGUGACAGAAUCCAGCACUGUGACAAUUGUGCCAAGACAAAGUUGCACCUUCAGACAAUUAAAUGAACUCAACAUUUGGCUCAAGCAUACAGCAUCUAGCAACUACAUGAAAAGCUGCUGCAACCAGAAGAGGCUGUAUAUUUCACCAAAUCCAGCACAAAUAACCCUGUAUAAGUACAAAGAAGUCCCGAACGCACCUUUCAGAGGGGUACCUGUAGUCCUGAACUUUACCGGGUCCGACUGCUUUCUCAGGUGCUUCAAGACAGAUGACGGAGUUCACCUACAAACAGAGACCUAUGAAAAGCAGAAGCUGAAAGAAAUCAGUAAGACGGACAAGGAAGUGCUCUCAUUCCUCUUCUACAUGAGAUCUGACAGGUCCAACCAGAGGACAUUUGAGUCCGCGCUGUACCUCGGCUGGUUCAUCAAAAUAGUCAACUCAGACAUCGUAGAAUCAGGAGCAAUUGGCGAACAGCAAGAAGAUGCAUUCUUCCAUGUCAUCAUUCUAAAACAAAAUUCAUGAAGCAGAUACAGACCAUACUGAGCCGUCGGGUUUUUGUGUUGUAGUCUCCAUUUGAGACUGAGCAAACAUGAUGAUUCACCUCGUCCAGUAGCAUUAUUCUGAUAUUGCAACAAUGUGUAGAUAUUUGUCAUACUCUCUCUUUUGUGUAUGUGUGUGUGAGUGAGACUAAUAAGGUAUAUCCUUUUUUAUAUAUUUAUUUGGUGUCCUGAAGUGACCUUUCAAGCAUGCUCACCUGAAAAUCAUUUCAAAUGUCAAUCUGAUUGGAAAGUGACAAUUUUUCCAAAAAAAUGGUGUUCGUUUAAUAUUUUCUAAUGAUUGUAAUUUACUAAUGUUAUGAACAAAACUAAUUGUUAAAUGCAUUAAUGCAAAUGUUUUUGUUUGGUUGGUUUUACAUACGCAAAUAAUUAAGUUCAACUUGCAAAUGAAAAUAAUUUUUGGAACGCAUCUCAGACUUAUUGGACAUAAUACUGUUAUUUCUACCUGGCUCUUUUUAUGUAAAAUUCUGCCCCUUACCAAAAACCAAACCAUUGUAUUCCUCAUUUUGAGUUUAUUCAAGGUCACGUUAGAAACCAGGCCUGGGACCCCCACAC